AUGGGCGGUAUCGGAAAAACAACUUUUGCCAAAUACAUCUAUAAUAAACUAUCUUCCCACUUUGGAAGGCGUUGUAGCUUCCUUGAGAACGUUCGGGAAAGCUUGUUGACCAAGGAUGGCAUAGUUCAGUUGCAGAAAAAAUUACUAUCUGACAUUAUUGGUUCUGGAUUUUUAGAUAAAGUCGACGACAAAGAAAAAGGAUUGCAGAGGCUUGGAGAAACACUCUGCUAUAAUAAGGUCCUUGUGGUUCUGGAUGAUGUUGACAGUAAAGAGCUCAUUAAGAACCUAACAGAAAAUUAUUCGUUAUGUUCAGGAUCUAGGAUAAUCAUUACCACGAGAGACAAAGCUAUUUUGCAAGCGGAUGAAUUUGAAGGUAAACUUCAACCGUAUGAGAUGCCAAAGAUGAAAAAAAAUCUUGCACUUGAGCUUUUUUGUCGGCAUGCCUUUAGUACCUAUUGUCCCCGGGAUGAUUAUUGGGAGCUUUCAAGUAAUAUUGUCUCACUUAUGGGAGGGCUUCCUUUGGCAAUUGAAGUGGUUGGUUCACUUCUUAAGAGAAAAAAUAAAGCAUUUUGGGAAGAGAUGUUGGCUAGAUUAAGAAAGGUACCUGAGAAAGAGAUUCAAGAGAAAUUGAGGAUUAGCUAUGAUGGUCUAGAAGAAUAUCAGCAACAAAUUUUUCUUGAUAUAGCAUGCUUCUUUUCCAAUGAGAAUAAGAACGAUGCAAUUUACAUGUGGGCUGAUUGUAAAUUAUAUCCCCAAAGUGGAAUUGAUGUCCUUAUUAAUAGGUGCUUAAUAAAGAUAUUAGACAAUGAUAAGUUUUGGAUUCAUGAUCAAUUAAUUCAACUGGGAAGGCAACUUGUUCAUCAAGAAAGUCCAAGUGACCUUAGAAAGCAAAGCAGGCUGUGGAUUGCAAAAGAGGCUCUUGAAAUUGUAAAGACCAAAAAGUGGUUGGAGGUUAACGAACUUCUUCACAUCAUUGCAAAAUUUCACUUGCAGAAGAAGGACAAGGUGGAAGCACUGGAAAUAGGUGCACCGCGUUAUUCCAUAGAGAUUACAAAUGAGGAGUUGGAAGGGUUACAAAAAUUAAGAUUCCUCAAGUUACGAAAUGGAACUUUUGCUGGAGACUUUGCAAAGUGUCACUCAAAUUUGAGAUGGAUUUCUUGGCAUUCUCCUUGCAAGGAUUUCAUGGCGAAGAAUCUAUAUUUGGCUCGUCUUCUUGUAUUUAAAUUGGACACAAGUGGCUUCACGGAUAAUUCAAAAGCAUGGGACUUGAUCAAGAUGGCACAAAAGUUGAAAGUUCUAUCUCUUACUUGGUGUUAUCACAUAACGAGAAUUCCAAACUUGUCUAAAUGCUUGGAACUAGAGAGGUUGACUCUUGCCCAUUGCUAUAAGCUAAAGAAAAUUGGAAGCUUCAUUGGAGGUCUACAGUUGUUGAUAGAGUUAAAGAUUGAAAACUGCAAAGAUCUUACAAGUUUGCCUGAAAAAGUGUGGGCACUAGCGAAGCUUGAGCACUUUUCAUUGCGGGGUUGUUCCAGGUAA